AUGAUUCAGUCUAGUUGGACCCUUCUCGCCCUAUAUUCCGCUUGGUGGUCAUCCCUUGGCUCUCUGGUGUCAGGACAAACUCUGUUCAACCAACCGACUGAGUACUUUUCUAAUAGCACGGAUCCUGUUUCCACGCAGUUUUAUCUCGAUUGGGUCGAUACCACGUUGGAACGCUACGAUGCAUCCUUAUUCUUGUCGGCUGCCAACAACGCUAGUAACGGCGUGGCGGUGCACUGGAGUGUACGCGCAGAUACACCGGACACUAUCACCGAUAAUGCUACUAGUACCACCCUCCGAUUGGCUGUGGCCGCGCCCGCCUCUGGUUGGGUGGCCUUUGGCCUCAGUGAAAACGGAGGCAUGUCGGGAUCGGAUGUCGUGGUUUUUGAAGCAGCCCAACCGGAUCGUUUGCGAGAUAUGCAUAUACUCGAUACCCGUGCGGUAAUGGAUGAUGUCUGCAACGACUGGACGUUAAUUGAAGCCCAUCUUGCCGAAAAUUUUGUUAUUUUUGAGGCUACACGGGUCCUGGAUACGGGUGAUCCCCAGGAUCGUAUAAUCUUUCCGGAUGCAGAUACGUUGAUUGCGUCUCAUCGGAUUAUUGCGGCGUGGGGAAACGACGAAAGUGUCUCGUAUCAUAAAGAAAACAAAGCUCGAGGAGCAAUUCGAUGGUUCGGCGAAGGUGCCGUCGAAGCGCUUACUUUUGAACAAACCAUGCGUGCGGUCUCGAUCGGAUCCUUUGAAGUACGUGCCGUAGAUCAUCCCGUCAAAACCAUUGAUACAGAGUACGCGGAAUUUUGUUUGGGCCGUGGUCAGAUUUUGGCACAAACUGGCUUGGACGGGAGUCCGGAUAGCUUGACCAUUGUUGGAAUGGAACCUAUUAUUGAUCCGUCCACUUCGCAAUUUGUUCACCAUUUCACCGUGUAUACGUCUCCCAAUGCCAACGAGGAUGGUGUGGUCCCUUGCGAUGACAGGGAAUACUUUGAGCUUAUUUACGUGUGGGCUCCAGGUGAAUAUGGCUUCGCUCUACCUCUCAAUGUCGGGGCGACCUACGGUCCCAACGUCGCCCAGAGUUUUCGUCUUCAAAUCCACUAUGACAAUCCUAGCUUGAUUGCGGACGCUGUUGACAAUAGCGGUGUACGUUUUUACUUCAGCAAACAGCCACGCAAGCAUGCCAUGGGUGUGUUGCAGCUCGGGGAUCCGUUCGUCGGAUUGGAGGGACAAACAGUUGGAGCAGGUUGGAACAAGCAUGAUUUUACCUGCUCCGGCUCAUGUGCAACAAUGGCGCUGGGAGAAGAGCCCGUGACAGUCAUUAGGGAAUUCCUGCAUAUGCAUCAAGCCGGCGUUAGAGCCUCAAACAAGCAAAUCCGCGACGGACGGAUUGUCCGAUCCUCCGCCAUCGACUACUUUUCGUUCGCUCAACAAGGAAAUCAAGCAGUUCUGCAAGAUCCGUUCCAGAUUUUUCCUGGAGAUGAAUUCAAAACAUCUUGUUUUUAUAAAGGUAAUACAGAUACUGUAUUCGGAAUCUCGUCCCAGGAAGAAAUGUGUAUUGCGUUUUUGUUUUACUUCCCCCGCAAACGCAUUUCUGGUCUUCUUCCUUGGCUUUGUGCUGUUGGAUAUGAUCAUUUUGUUCCCGCGUGCGAAUCACAAUGGAGUUCUUUAGUGUUGUCGACAACUAUUGAACUCGAACGUAUCUUUGGAACGGUCCCGGAGGAAAGUCAGUGCCUUCUUAAAACAACCCCAGUUGAAAUUCCGACCAAAGCACCGGUUGCAGUUUCCAAUUCCAAUAGCAUUCCUAACAACAAACCAGCAAAUUCCAGCGAAAGCACUCUAGACCCAACCAGUGGAGCGGUUGAAAGAGAGAGUUCUGGCUUAAUCCUUGAUUUCGAUGCCAUUUGCAGGCUUCUGCUGCCCAUGACAUUGCUAACACUCUUGAUUUUUUAA